AUGGGCAAGCUGAUUAUUCUCCUCAACAAGGUGACCAACUUGGUCGACGAAGAUGCUUUGGGCAAGAGUGAUCCCUACGUCAAGUUUGAAUUGGAACAAGACAAUUUGAUCUUUGACAAGGAUUUUGGCGACAAGUUUUCCUCCAAGAAGAAGGAUGACCUCAACCCUGUAUGGGACGAGACGAUUGAAUUUGACGAUAUCCCCGGAUUGAACAACAUGGUCCUAAAGUGCAUUGUCAAGGACGACGAUCCCAUCUUUGACGACAAGCUCGGAUCCUGCAAAAUUAAUUUGGAAGAACUCGGAUUGAGCGGUGAUCCCACUCCGGUCGAUCGCGUCGUGGACGAUAACUGGAUCUCCAAGGAUGCUCGUAUCUUUCUUCAAAUCUCCUACGAAGAGUAA